AUAGCAAAAAGGGCCUUACUAGGUUGUUGUUCUUGUAUAAUGUAUCCUAUCUUUGUAAUACUCGUGGAGUGACACAUUAUUUCGGGUGCUCUUUAUCAGGCAAACCAAUAAUCUACCAAGUGGUGAAGGAAAUGAUUGAGAAGAUGGGCUAUAAAGUGAAACUUGCUCGUGUUACGAAGAGAGUAAAUGAUGCAUAUUUUGCUCAAUUGUAUCUCACCAAGCAAUAUAGUCAUGAAAAUGAGAGCAUCAGCUUUGACAUCCGACCUUCCGAUGCCAUCAACAUCGCUGUGAAAUGCAAGGUGCCAAUACAAGUGAACAAGUACUUAGCAUACAGUGAUGGCCUUAAGGUGGUGGAGUCUGCCAAGCCAUUCACACUGGUUUCUUCACAUUCGUCACUCUUGUUUGAGCUCGAUAGAGGUAGCGAGGAGGCCGGGAUUGAGACGAAAGAGUUCAUUCUUUUGAGGAAUAUGCUCAUUGCUACAGUAGAGGAACACUAUAUAGAUGCAGGUUAGUUCCUUCUAAGUCAUGAAUUUUAACUAAGCCUUAUUAAUUAAAUGCCUCCCAUUAAA